UUAGCACAGAGUGUGGCCCAAAAUAUUUGCGAUUGGCCGCUAUUCUGCUCAAAAACGUUUUUCGUUAUUGCUCGAUAAAGCAGUAAAAGUUAACGUUUGCUGCGCUUCAGACACAUAGAUUGGCUGGUAAACUAUCAAUGUUUUUCCACCGACUGGGUGGUUAGACAACAUAGGCUAACUGACUAGAAAUGUUCAAAGCCAAAAUUCUUUUCAUCGGACCUUGUGAGAGUGGGAAAACGGUUCUUGCAAAUUUCUUCUCUGACAUAACCGAGACAGUGGGAGGAGAAUACAACCCUACCCAAGGAGUCAGGAUACUGGAAUUUGAGUCACAAAAUGAAGGCAGUGCUGAAAAACUUUCAACAUGUGAGGUGGAACUGUGGGACUGCGCAGGGGAUUUCAAAUUUGAAUCCUGCUGGCCAGCACUAAUGAAAGAUUCCAGUGGUGUGGUUAUUGUUUUUAAUCCGGAUGUUCCAAGUCACUUGAAAGAAAUAGAGACGUGGCACUCUAUGUUCAUCGCCUCUCAGGGGCUGCAGGACAACCAGUGCCUCCUAAUAGCUCAUCACAAGCCUGGCAGUGGAGCGGAUGGACGCCGGCUUCCUCUCGCCUCACAUUUGAGCAGACUCUCACUCAUUCACUCCAACCUGGAGGAAGAGCCAGAGGAUGUGAGGCAAGCCUUCUGCAGAUACUUGGGAAAUGUUGUAAACACACUGUCAGAGAAUAGAGAACAGGAAGAAAUGUCUAUCCUUACAUAGCAGUGAAGCUAAGAAAGUACCCAGCUCAAGGUUUGACAGUUCAUUAUUAGCACCCAUAACUUAAGUAUUUUGUUGCAUUUAGUUGUCAUUUUAUGCUGUAUUUUCAAUACUGUUCUAUCAGCUGCAUAAAAUGUCUAACCAAAAAAAAAAGAAAAGUCAAGGUUGUGUGUGCAUUGUAAA